AUGAACAAUAAUAAGUUGAGCGAAAUUACAUCAUCAAAUACAAAGUCUCAUCUUUUCAAUGAUCCAUACUCAAACAAGAUUAAUAAAGAAGAUUUUACUUUAAUAUGGCUCGAUAAAACAUUAGAUAAAGACAUAAACGAUUCUAGACAAAUAUCAAAACUUCGUCAAGCUGUUGAUGAUCUCAAAACCUAUGUUGAUCUAAAUGAAUGUGAAAAUUACAUUCGAUCACAUGAACAUGAAAACAUCGUCAUCGUUGUAUCUGGAACGUAUGGACAACAUAUUGUACCAAAUAUUCAUGACUUGACACAAAUAAAACGCAUUUAUGUAUUUUGUCUCAAUGAAGCCAGUCAUAUUGAAUGGACAAAAAACUAUAUGAAAGUAAACAACAAUAUUUUUACACAAACUGAAAAACUUCUCGAAUCACUCAAACCAUACAUUCGUCAAUAUCAACAAACUUUAUUGAUUCAAAAAUCGAUAGUCGAUGUUGAGAACAAGACAGCUGACUUCAAAUGGGCACGACUUCUCAUUGAUACAUUGAUUCAAUUACCUCCAGAACCAAAAGCAAAACUUGAAAUGAUUGAAACAUUAAGAAAACAUUACCAUGAUAAUGAAACACAGCGCAAGAUUAUUGACGAAUUCGAUAAAAACGAAAAAGAUGAAAGUGCAGUGACAUGGUACACAAAAGAAACGUGUAUUUAUAAAAUCGUAAACCGCAUAUUUCGUCAAGAACAAAUAGACGAAAUAUAUAAUUAUCGUGCAUUUAUAAAAGAUUUAGCAGAACAAUUAAAUCAACUUUACACAGAUCAACUAACGCUAUAUCGCGACGAAUGGGGUUUGUCUGAAAUUACAGUCUAUCGUGGUGCAGGUGUAGGUAAUCAUGAUAUCGAAGUCUUAAAAUCAAAUACCGGUCAACUCAUUUCCUUCAACGGGUUCUUGUCUACAAGUCCAGACGAAAAACUAGCAUUAAGUUUUCUACACGGACAGUUCGGAAGUACUGAUUUAACACCAGUUCUAUUCACAUAUAAAAUCGAUAUAAACGUUAACACAACAGCCUUUGCUGAGAUAACAGAGAUUAGUGCAAUGAACGAAGGCAGAGAAGUUCUUUUUAAUCCUGGUGCAAUAUUCAAAAUUGACCACGUUAAAUAUGAUCAUACAGACAAAAUGUGGCGAGUGCGUUUAUCAUCUCGUGAAAAAGAUUUUAUGGUCGGACAACACUACAUCAAAAUAUGUAUGUUAGAAAGAAGUUCUAUGAAUAACUUACCGCUAUUUGCCUCGUUACUACUAGAAGCCGGACAGAUCCACAAGGCGGAAAUAUUUAUAGCACGACAUUUUAGCGAAAAUAAACCUAUAGACAAAGAAACUGCAGAAUCAAGCAAUGAAACGUUAUUUCUCCUGGGACAACUCCUACGAGAGAAGGGAGACUACAUCGGUGCGCUUGACACUUACAACAAGGCACUUGAUAUAUGGAAAGAAACUCUACCUGAAAACCAUCCCGAUAUUGCAAAAAGCUACAACAACAUUGGAUUAGUAUACCACAAGAAAGGUGACUAUGACAAUGCACUUGACUAUUACAGUAAGGCCCUUCACAUAUGGAAAGAAACUCUACCUGAAAAACAUUCAAAUAUUGCAAAAAGCUACCUCAACAUUGGAUUAGUAUACCACAACAAAGGUGACUAUGACAAUGCACUUGACUAUUACAGUAAGGCACUUCACAUAUGCAAAGAAACUCUGCCUGAAAAGCAUCCAGCGAUUGCAAAAACCUACAACAACAUUGGAAUAGUAUACCACAACAAAGGUGACUAUGAUAAUGCACAUGACUAUUGCAAUAAGGCACUAGAUAUAUGCAAAGAAACUCUGCCUGAAAAGCAUCCAGAUAUUGCAACAACCUACAACAAUAUAGGAUCAAUAUAUCAAAAUAAAGGUGACUAUGAUAAUGCACAUCACUAUUGCAAUAAGGCAGUUGAUAUAUGGAAAGAAACUCUGCCUGAAAACCAUCCACAUAUUGCAACAAGCUACAAUAAUAUUGGAUCAGUAUAUCGAGACAAACGUGAUUAUGAUAAUGCACUUGACUAUUUCCAAAAGGCACUGGAUAUUUGGAGAGAAACUCUACCGCAAAAGCAUCUAGAUAUUGCAACAAGCUACAAUAAUAUUGCAUCAGUAUAUCGAGACAAAGGUGAUUAUGAUAAUGCACUUGACCAUUUACAAAAGGCACUUGAUAAUCGGAAACAAACUGUGCCUGAAAAACUUGCAGAUAUUGCAAAAAGCUACAACGAUAUUGGAUCAGUAUAUGAAGACAAACGUGAUUAUGAUACUGCACUUGACUAUUUCCAAAAGGCCCUGGAUAUUUGGAAAGAAACUCUACCUGAAAAGCAUCCAGAUAUUGCAAGAAGCUACAGUACUGUUGGAUUAACAUAUCAGAAUAAAGGUGAUUGUGAUAAUGCGCUUGACUAUUUACAAAAGGCACUGGAUAUUUGGAAAGAAACUCUGCCUGAAAGGCAUCCACGUAUUGCAAAAUGCUACAAUAGUAUUGGAUUAGCAUAUCACAUCAAAUGUGAUUAUGAUAAUGCCCAUGACUAUUAG